UACAGGAGUACAUGAAGGUCAGGAGAGGCAGCGGUGAGGGUGGGGUCCUAAACAGGAGUACAUGAAGGUCAGGAGAGGCAGCGGUGAGGGUGGAGGUCACAUACAGGAGUACAUGAAGGUCAGGAGAGGCAGCGGUGAGGGUGGGGUCCUAAACAGGAGUACAUGAAGGUCAGGAGAGGCAGCGGUGAGGGUGGAGGUCACAUACAGGAGUACAUGAAGGUCAGGAGAGGCAGCGGUGAGGGUGGAGGUCACAUACAGGAGUACAUGAAGGUCAGGAGAGGCAGCGGUGAGGGUGGAGGUCACAUACAGGAGUACAUGAAGGUCAGGAGAGGCAGCGGUGAGGGUGGAGGUCACAUACAGGAGUACAUGGAGGUUAGGAGAAGCAGUGGUGAGGGUGGAGGUCACAUACAGGAGUACAUGGAGGUUAGGAAAAGCAGUGGUGAGGGUGGAGGUCACAUACAGGAGUACAUGAAGGUCAGGAGAGGCAGCGGUGAGGGUGGAGGUCACAUACAGGAGUACAUGGAGGUUAGGAGAAGCAGUGGUGAGGGUGGAGGUCACAUACAGGAGUACAUGGAGGUUAGGAAAAGCAGUGGUGAGGGUGGAGGUCACAUACAGGAGUACAUGAAGGUGAGGAGAGGCAGCGGUGAGGGUGGAGGUCACAUACAGGAGUACAUGGAGGUUAGAAGAAGCAGUGGUGAGGGUGGAGGUCACAUACAGGAGUACAUGGAGGUUAGGAAAAGCAGUGGUGAGGGUGGAGGUCACAUACAGGAGUACAUGGAGGUUAGGAAAAGCAGUGGUGAGGGUGGAGGUCACAUACAGGAGUACAUGGAGUUUAGGAAAAGCAGUGGUGAGGGUGGAGGUCACAUACAGGAGUACAUGGAGGUUAGGAAAAGCAGUGGUGAGGGUGGAGGUCACAUACAGGAGUACAUGGAGGUUAGGAAAAGCAGUGGCGAGGGUGGAGGUCACAUACAGGAGUACAUGAAGGUGAGGAGAGGCAGCGGUGAGGUCCUAUACAGGAGUACAUGGAGGUCAGGAGAGGCAGCGGUGAGGGUGGAGGUCACAUACAGGAGUACAUGGAGGUCAGGAGAAGCAGCAGUGAGGCUGGAGGUGAUACUAUAGAGGAGCAGAGCACUCCAUGUCAAUGGUGUAGCUCUCUCAUCCCCUCGUAUAUCAAAUGGUUGUGUGCAGUUGUAUUUUAGAGUCUGCAGUUUUUAGGUUAUGAACGGUUGUAAACACACAGGUCCGAUUAACCAUUUAAUAUUUGCCAUAGUCCCUACCCGGGAGAUGACACCCAAAAUCAGACGGACUGUAUAUAGUGCAAACCAACCCCAGUGACUGCUCCGCCCAACCACAGUGAGCCAGGCAACACACUCAUUUAUAAAAAGCCUUGUUAAAAUUCUUCCACAGGUUCCAGGGGCUGAAGGAACAGGGGUCAUGGAAUGAUUACAAAAUUAUACACAAAGUGAUAGCUUCUCCCCCCCCCCCCCCCACACGAGCACCAUCCGGCAGCUACAACUCAACAGGUUUGUACAUCGAUCAUCAAUAAUAAAAAAAA